CAAUGUGUUGGGACUUCUAAAGGUAGGACAAGUCAAAGAUGAACAUUUUGUGUAGAAGGCUGUGUUUACAAUGCAACAAGUCUGUGAGGAGACUGGAGGGAUUCAAAGUACAGUUCAUUCAGCAGAAAUCAAAAAGCGGCAAAUAUAUUGAGGAUCCUUAUGUAGAAAAAUAUAUGAUCAAUUAUUUACAAGCUAUAUCUAAGGAAAAUGGAAAGAAAUUUCUUGACGGCCUAGACAGUCAUCUGUUGGAAAGAAAAAGACAACUAGAAGUUCUGUAUGCUAUUAGAGUGGCUGAGGGUAUUGAAAAUACUCCUUCAGAGCUAAGUGCACAUGAUUGGAGAGUGAUUCUAACAUCUGUAAAGACUAAGGAGGAAUUUGAUCGUUAUUUGACAAAGGUGUUUAUACGUCAGAAGAAAAGGCGAUUGACUGUGGAAGCUAGAAAUGAAGUAUACAACAAAUUACGUCGCCCAUGUGAUGAAGAAGAUCUACAGAUCAUUCAGCGUAUUUAUUUUAUGAAAAAUCAUUUAUCCCAUUGGAAGGGAAUGCACUCUUUACUUCACGGGAGACCUGUUGUUCUAGAUAUGGACUAUCAAUCCGUUGAUGAAGACGAAACCUUUGAAACAGCACGGCAAAUUGAAAACAUGUAUAAUUGUAACCUGGAGCAUCGUCAGCCUUGUCAUUUACAUUUCACUAGUUUUCACAGGAAUGAGAUACUGGUUAGAAUGCUAGAAAUGAAAAGAAACAUGUUUGUUGACUUUCACCAAGAAAGUUUUCACAAAGUUUUUCCGCGGGAUCGUCUGUUCUAUUUAGUUGCUGAAGGACCAGAUAUUUUACCUGAAGAGAUAGACGAUGAUACAAUUUUUGUACUUGGAGGCAUAGGGGGUACCCAUGUGCGGAAAAGGUCACUAAAAAGAGCAGUCUCGCUAGGUAUCCCUUACGGAUGUCUUCCGGCAGAUCAAUUUGUAAGGCGGAAAGCAAGAAGUUCUAGGGUAUUUUACUUACAGACUGUUCUAAAUAUCAUGCUAGACAAAUUCGCUGGCGAUCCAUGGAAGUUAGCUUUUGAAAGACAUCUACCGGAUGACAAGUAUCAAAAAUUUCCGGAUUUAGAAAAACCUUUAGAAGAUGCAAAAGCCAUAGAAUCUUAUGUACAGUUUCAACAAUUAUACAAAAUUCUUGACAAAUGAUGUCUAUGCUGAUACUGGUAUUAUUACAGAGUAGUAAGAAGGUUAAUUGCUGGGAAUUAAACAUGUACCAUUGGUAAACAAGCGGUUUUUCCCGAUUUCUCAAGAACAGCACAAGUCAAAGUGAAUAUAUACAGUGUACGUUUAUAAAUUCACAGGAAAGAAGGUGACAUGUGCCUGUAACCGCAAAACAUCAUACAGCGAUUUUUUUUAUCCACUGUGUAUUGUCCAUACAUAAUUAUGUAUGUUCGUCAUUCAACUCUGUGUUUAGGAUGUCAAAUCUGCUGUGUUUACAAGGUACAUUCGUAUAUCGCUUGCAAAAAGAUCACAUUGCGUCAAAAAUUAGCAAACAAACAAUGGGUUACACCGUCUUCUCUAAUUAAGCUGGAAAGCCUGUCAUUUAGUUUACUGUUAACUCCUUGCUAAUAAAAGUUAUUAAUUUGUAAUUAACAGCUUUAAUGUUGGUAUUAGAUAAUUAACAGCGUUAAUGCUGUUGUUAUAAUGUUUUUUACGAUACUGACUUCUGACUUAUUCUUUUUAGCUCACCUGUCACAAAGUGACAGGGUGAGCUUUUGUGAUCGCUUUUCAUCCGGCGUCCGUCCGUCCGGUAUCUGUAAACUUUUACUUUAAAUGACAUCUCCUCAUAAACCACUAAGCCAAUUUCAUCCAAACUUCACAGGAAUGUUCCUUUGGUGGUCACCUUUGAAAAUUGUUCAAAGAAUUUAAUUCCAUGCAGAACUCUGGUUGCCAUUGCAACCAAAUGAAAAAACUUUAAAUAUCUUCUUCUAAAAACCCAAAGAGCUAGAGCUUAGAUUUUUGGCAUGAAACAUCUUCUAGUGAGUGUCUACCAAGUUUGUUUAAAUAAAAGCCCAUCGGU